UCUCCUGCAGGUGCUUCUAUGGCCGUAGAAAACAUGCCACCAUUUCCAGUUCCGAUCAAACUUACGAGUGAUAUAUAUAACUAUCAACAAUGGAAAUAUUUUUCUCUUUCAUAUUUUGACGACCACAAUCUUUCUGGAAUCAUUCAUGGAACAGAGCCUCGUCCUGGGCGACUUCAGUCUACCUUUAGUAAUUGGUCCGGCAGACAUCAAAAGGGUUUGAGUUGGUUCAACAGAGAGCAAAAGGCUUUGAAUUGGCUGAAAGCCACUCUAUCUGAUAGUCUUCAACAAAUUGUCAUGGCCGGAGCUGACUCUUCACGAAUGGUCUGGCUAAAUCUCGAGGAACACUUCGCCCAUCUCUCUCAUGCUCGCAUCUAUCAGCUUAAAUCUGAUCUACACAAAGUCAAGAAAGAUCCCACUAUUCCGAUGGCUGAGUAUCUGGAAAAAAUCAAACAGCUGGAGACCGAUCUCGCAGCCGCCCGUGCUCCUGUGGAAAGUCAAGACCUACUCCAUGUACACAUCCUGGCGGGAUUACCAGAGCAGUACAAUCCCUUUGUUACAUGGAUAAAACACAAUCCAGUAAGUCGUUGGGAUGACUUGUGCGAGUUACUGUUCAAAGAGGAAAUGCGUCUGGAUCCACAGCGCACAUUACGACUUAGACAUACUUCUCCUCCCUCUCCUCCUCAAGAAGAAGAGUACGCAAUCGGGAUCGAUCUGGGAACGACCUAUUCCCGCGUAGCCGUGUGGCAGAAGGAUCAUGUAGAAAUCAUCCACAAUGAUCACGGGAACAGGAAGACUGCAUCUUAUGUUGCCUUCACUGAAACUGAUGAGACUCAUUUGGUAGGUGAUGCAGCAUUUAACCAAGUCGUCAGAAACACAGCCAACUCCAUCUUUGAUACAAAGAGGUUAAUCGGUAGGAGAUUCAGUGACGCCUCUGUUCAAAGUGAUGUGAAGCUCUGGCCAUUCAAGGUCAUUGAAGGUCCAGGUGACAAGCCCAUGAUUGUGGUUACACACAAUGGCCAAGAGAAACAUUGUUCUGCUGAAGAUAUCUCAUCCAUAGUUCUGGAAAAGAUGAGGAAGAUUUCCGAUACCUACUUGGGCUCAACUGUGAAAAAUGCAGUUAUCACUGUCCCUGCUUACUUCAAUUACUCACAGCGCCGAGCUACAAAAGAAGCAGGUAUCUCUGCUGGCCUAAAUGUGUUGCAUAUUAUGAACGAACCAAGUGCUGCUGCCAUUGCUUAUGGCCUUAACAAGAAGGCCGGUUGGAGUAGCCCACAAAACGUGAUGAUAUUUGAUUUGGGUGGUGGCACUUUAGAUGUGUCAUUGCUUACCAUGAGCACUUCUGGUGACUUUCAAGUAAAGGCAACGGCUGGAGACACUCACCUUGGUGGCCAAGACUUCGAUAGCAGAUUGGUUACAAAGCUUGAAGAAGAAGACAAAAGAGAAGAAAUGGAGGAAGACAGAAAAGAGGGUGCGCAGCAAAGGCCAAAAAAGGAGAUUUUGGAGUGA